CGGCAGAUCGGGGUAAGAAGCGUUGGGUCGGGAAAGAAGCCGCCCGCUUCCAAGAUGGCGGCGGGAACCUGGAAGGUGAAGCAGGACAUGCCGCCGUCGGGCGGUUAUGGACCAAUCGACUAUAAGAGGCGAUUGCCCUAUCGGGGGAUCCCUGGUUAUGGCCUUCUUGCCAUUGGACUUGGAGCUUUUGUUUUUGGAACCUACGUUAUUUUCAGGUGGAACUGGGAGAGAAGGCACCUGGCCUUUGAGGACUUGGAAGCCAGGAUAGCCCUGAUGCCUCUCAUGAUGGCUGAGGACGACCGCAGGACACUGCGUCUUAUGCGUUAUAACUUGGAUGAGGAAGCCAAGAUCAUGAAAGACGUCCCUGGCUGGCAGGUGGGGGAGUCCGUCUACCAUACCACACGCUGGGUGGCGCCCAGAGCUGAUGAGCUGUACUUCCUUCAGCCACCCAAAGUUCAAGAGGAUAUCUUCUUCGGUUACACCUGGAGCACAUAAGCAGACAUGGCUGUGGAAGGACCCGCCUCUCUCGCUUUCCCAGGACGGAGCAUAUUUCUUAAUAAACUAAUGCUCUCUGGAGCAUCGAUCC